AUAGUCCGUCUUUCUUUGGGUAAGGGAGUCCAAAACAAGAAAUCAUAGGGUUAAGGUGAGAGGGGGGUAGGGGAAGAGCAGGAGAAUCCAGCAGCCUUAGCAGGAGAGGGGAGGAGCCAGCAGAGUUUGAAAAGGAGGCUGGGUCUAGCAAAGUGUUCAUUUUGAAGGUGGCUGUGUUGGAUUAUCAGUGCUGAGUCUUUGGCAAUGAGGCUAAGUGAAAGAAAGGACUACUCAACAUGACAACAGCCAGUAAAAUUGGGCUUUUUCAGUUCAAAGGCUGUAACUUCAUCACUAAUAUUCACAACCCAGAAUACUUGGCUGAAAUUUGUCACUUUGAAAUAAAGGAGAGUGAUGUGAUUACAGUGACAUAUCCAAAAUCAGGCACGACAUGGAUGCAACAGAUUUUGUGUUUACUUUAUUCCAAUGGGGACCCUGCUCUUGUACAAAGCAAACUAACAGUAGAACGUGUUCCUUGGAUGGAAGUCCCAAUAGAUAACUCUAAGGAUAUACUAUUGCCUCAUUUGCGUGUCACACAUUUGCCCUACCGCUUAAUUCCAAAAACUUUGAAAAAGGGAAAUGGAAAAGUUAUUUAUGUUGCCCGAAAUCCAAAGGAUGUUGCUGUGUCAUUGUAUCACUUUCAAAAUUACGUCACUUUCCUGGAGACGCCAUCGAGUUUUCAAGAGUUUCUGGAGGACUUCAUUGAUGGCAGACUGAUAUACUGCUCUUGGUUUGAUCACAUUAUUGACUGGUACAGCCACAAGGAUGAAUUUGACUUCCUAUUUUUGACCUAUGAGGACAUGAAGAAGGAUUUAAAAGGCUCAAUACAAAAAAUAUGCGACUUCCUUGGGAAAAAGUUGGAUGAAGAUAAGCUUGACCUCAUGGUGGAGGAAUGCAGUUUCAAAGCAAUGAGAAAAAAUCCGAAGGCUAACUACGAACAUGUUGAAGGCAAACACCCAAAAGGGUCAUUUCUCAGAAAAGGAAUAGUUGGAGAUUGGAAAAAUCUUUUCACUGUGGCUCAGUCAGAGAUGUUUGACAGAAUAUACCAAGAAAGAAUGAAAGACUUUCCUUUCAAGUUCAUCUGGGACAGCAAAUAAUUAAAACAGAUUAUCCGUACAACAGAGGCCCAAGUUCCAGAAAUAAAUGAAGAGAUGUAUUAAAAUACAGACUAAUAUCGUGUGAAUGAGGUCAUAGUGUUUUAUAGACAAGUAGACAUAACUCCAUAUUUCCUUAUGACAUAGAGGGAGUCCAUUGAGUCUGUACUGGCCACAGAGCAAUCUGUUCCUCUAUUAAUUUUCCAUGUAACCAUUUCUCUUCAUAUUCCCAUCAAUUCUUCCACCCACCUACCAAACUACACUAGGGAAAAUUUGCAGUAGCCAAUUAACUUAACUGUACAUCUGUGGGAGGAGAGUGGAGCACCCAGAGGAAACCCACAUGGUCACAGGGAGAACAUGCAAAGUCCAGAAAGCACUGGAGGUCAAAACUGAACCUAGGUCACUUGAGCUGAGAGCCAGCAGUUCUAGCAGCUGUUAUAUUGUGCCACAACAUAGAUUAUUAUGGAAAAUAUUAUCUCAAGAAGCUCAACACCACCAAGGGCAAAGCAAUCAAUUUGACUGGUAUUCGUAAGUUUAAUUUUCCAGGAAUCAGGACUUGUAGCAAGAGCGGGGGAGUUUAAGAGGCAAGUCUUUUUGAUUGGCUGAUUAACAGCAGCCAGUAAAAAAAAGGUAUGGUCAGGCAGAGCAGCCUGUGUGAGAAAGAGAGCGGGAGCUGAGGCUUUGAGGAAGAACAAGUGAGGAACAGCUAAGGUUUUAUUUUUCUGUUCAUAUUUUAGCACUUAAUUCAGUGUAGGCAGGAUGAUAGGGCAGUUGAAUGCUCUUCCUGAAAGAUGUGGGAAGUCAAGGAACCUCAUGGACUCCUUGAUGACUACAUCUGUGGGAAGUGCACCCAGCUGUAGCUCCUGACACACUGGGUCAAGGAACUGGAGCUGGAGUUGAAUGUACUGAGGAUCAUAAUUUAGAUCACUGUGUUGGUUCAGAAGGUUACAUUCUCACCUUUGGUAAUGGGUUCAAGUUGUGCACAAAAUCUGGGCUGAUACUCUGUGUACUGAGAGAGUGGUACAUCCUUGCUGUAAUUCUGCAGUAACUUUAAAUUGAGGCUGUCUUCUCUCAGGAAACAGAGGAGAAUGCAUGGUACUAUUGGAAAGAAGAUCAGUGAAGGUCCCCUUGUGACACAAAAGCAAAAUAAUGCAGAUACUGUAAAUCUGAAAUAAAAAUAAAAAUUGCUGAAGGCACCCUUGUGUCAGGUGGCAUCUGUGGAAAGACAGGCUUAAUGUUUCAGGUUGAUAACCCUUCAUCUGAAAUGUUAUCUCUGUUUCCCUCUCCAUAGAUGCAGAGCAUUUUCUAUUUUUAUUCAAGUACUCCCAGUAACCUACCCAAUAUUUAGCUAUCAGCCAAUAUCAAUAAUAUAGAUAAUUGUUAGCACAUUACUGUUCAUGCGAAUUUGCUGUGUGUAAAGUGGUUUCCAAGUUCCUAUGUCACAACAGAGCAAUCUUUCAAAAGUACUGAUUGUUGUAAAGCACCUUGGGAUGUCCUGGGGUCAUGAUAUAGGACAUUUAAAUGCAAACCUUUCUUUAAUUCUUUAUCUAAAGAUUAACAAUAAUAGUCAAUUAAGUUCCUUUUUACAUUUAGUUCUAAAUAUGCAGCACUGCCAAUGUAGCUGGCAGACAGUAUCAACAUGUCAACAUUGUAGCUUUUGAGCAAAAUUAGCUCCCAAUAUUUGGUGUGUGUGGAGUACUUUGUGUGUAUACAUUUGUACCUUUUAUUCAUUUUGUAUUUUACACAUGGUAUGAAGUUAUUUCAUGAGAUUGGGAUGUCAAUGUUACAAUCUUGUCUGACUUCGGAGAGUCAAAGGAAUUGGAUGUAGUUUUCAUGUCAGGACCAGUUCUUGGAAAAACUAUAAAACAUGAACCAUGAUUAACAAUGAUUAAACAUUAAAUAUGAUUAAGUGCAUCU